CCCGGGCCGCGGGAGGGGCUCGGGGUCGGGGCCCGGGGUGGGAGCCUCCCGGGAGGCCGCGCCCUCUGGAGCCCGGGGCGGCCCUGCGCGGGGCCCGCCGGCCGCCGGGAUGGAGCCGGGCAGCGUGGAGAACCUGGCCGUCGUGUACCGCAGCCGCGACUUCCUGGUGGUGAACAAGCACUGGGACGUGCGCAUCGACAGCAAGGCCUGGCGCGAGCCGCUGACGCUCCAGCAGCAGCUGCGGCACCGCUUCCCCGAGCUCGCCGACCCCGGCACCUGCUACGGCUUCAGGUGGGCGGGCAGGCCGGCGGGCGCCGCGGGGCAGCGGGGAGCUGCCCGGCCGACCCCGCCUCUGCCCCGCCAGGUUCUGCCACCAGCUGGACUUCUCCACCAGCGGGGCGCUCUGCGUGGCGCUCAACAAGGCGGCCGCGGGCAGCGCCUACAGGUGCGGGGCCACGUCCAGGAGGGCAGGACGACCAUCAGCUACGCUAUCGGCAGGAGCAGCGCCGAGGGCCGCUCACACACCAUGUGCAUCGAGGGCACGCCGGGCUGUGAGAACCCGAAGCCGAGCGUCACGGAGCUGGUGGUGCUGGAGCACGGGCUGUAUGCGGGAGACCCCGUCUCCAAGGUGCUGCUGCAGCCGCUGACAGGCCGCACCCACCAGCUGCGCGUCCACUGCAAUGCCCUGGGGCACCCCGUGGUGGGCGACCUGACCUACGGGGGGGCCGGGGUCCGGGAGGAGCAGCCGUUCCGCAUGAUGCUGCACGCACUGUACCUGCGGGUGCCCACACCGGCUGAGUGCGUGGAGGCCUGCACGCCAGACCCCUUCCUGCCCGCCCUGGAUGCCUGCUGGAGCCCCCAGACCCUCGUGCACUCGCUCGACCAGCUCAUCCAGGCCCUGCGAGAUGCCCCCCACCUGCCGGACCCAGGCACACCCCCCCCACUGCCACCCCUGCCCCCCAGGCCCCCCGAGACCGAGGCGCAGCGGGCCUCAUGCCUGCAGUGGCUGGCCGAGUGGACGCUGGAGCCGGACGGCUGAGGGGCAGCUGGGUGUGAGGUUGUCACUGCGGACUGGGGGGGGGUUCCGAGAACCCCCACCUGCGCCGGAGGCAGCAGGAGCAGAGACUAGGACAGGGACGUCGCUGCGUGACCCACGGGGACGGCGAGGCCUGUGUGGUCACGGACAAAGGCCCGGCAAGGGGCAGCAGCUCGUCUGAGCACCCAGCCAGCCAGGGCAGGACCGGGACUGGGGUGCCAUUGGGGGCGGCCGAGCCCACCCCCCCCCAUUCCCCAUCCUGCUUGAGCCCCCCUCUGCAGGCCUCACUUUCCUCCCCCGAGUCCGGGGUGGGUGGUGGGGGUGGGCAAGGAGCCCCCACCUUGCACAGCCCCGGAGCAUGCACGAGAAUUGCUUGUCUUUUGGAAUUUUCUGGGUUCCCAGCUGCGUGUCCUGGAGGUUGUCAGCCCUUGGUCUGUGUGACCCCGAGCCUGGGACCCCACAACAAAUCCACCCUGCUGCUGCUGAACCCCACGGAGCAGGAAAUAAACUCAGUGAUACAACCCA